UUUAAUCAUAGAUUAUUCAAUACAGAUUUCCUGAGAAUGCAAGUGUUUUUAGUUUUAGCGCUGCUGGCGGGCCUGGCGCUCUCAGGAGAGGCCACUAACCCGCCGCGCUGGGAUGCCAACUACAUUGUGAAGGGCACGCUGUACAUACCCUAUGCCGAGAUUGCCGAGCCGUUCUACGCUUGGUACGAUAAGAACACCAAACGAUCGCGCAUCGACUACUAUGGGGGCAUGGUGAAGACGUACCAGCUGGCCGGGGAGGGGGAUUACGGCACAAUGCUGAAGCUGGCGCCCAUCACCACGCAGCAGGAGAUGAACAAGCUGACCUGCCUGCAGGUCAACGGCACGUCCGAGCAGAAAGUGGAGACUCAGAGCAUCCUGCCGGACGCCAAGCCAUUCAAGCUAAUCGGCACCGAGACCUUCCUGGGCUUCACCUGCGACAAGUUCCGCCUGGAGGAGACCAUCGGCCAGAAGAAAAACGUAUAUACGCUGUGGGUGCGCUACAAGAAGUCGCCACACUAUCCGGCCAGCCGUAUGCCCAUCCCAGUGCGCUACGAGAUGCGUGGCUACAACACGCUCCUAGGCUCGCAUUACGAUCAUUACUACCUUGACUACGACAGCUAUGAGCACGUCGAUAUCCCCCACGAGGUGUUCGAGAUCGACGAGAGCUUGACGUGCGUGGGCUUCCCCGGGCCGGGCACUGGCCACUAUGCCACCUUUAACCCGAUGCAAGAGUUUAUCUCGCACACUGACGAGCACGUCGAUAGGGCCUUCCACCACUUUAAGCACAAGCACGGCAUGGCCUACCGCACUGAGCAGGAGCACGAGCACAGGAAGAACAUCUUCCGCCAGAACCUGCGCUACAUUCACUCUAAGAACCGGGCUAAGCUGACCUACACGCUGGCCGUCAAUCAUUUGGCCGACAAGACCGAGGAGGAGCUGAAGGCCAGACGCGGCUACAAAUCGUCAGGCGGUUACAACACAGGCAAGCCCUUCCCCUACGAUGUGUCUAAGCACCAGGAUGAGAUUCCCGCCCAGUACGAUUGGCGUCUUUUCGGUGCUGUUACCCCAGUCAAAGACCAAUCGGUGUGCGGAUCUUGCUGGUCCUUUGGUACCAUUGGCCACCUGGAGGGCGCCUUCUUCCUCAAGAACGGCGGCGAUUUGGUCCGUCUCUCCCAGCAGGCAUUGAUCGAUUGCUCCUGGCCGUUUGGCAACAACGGCUGCGAUGGCGGCGAGGACUUCCGCGUCUAUCAGUGGAUGAUGCAGGUGGGCGGCGUCCCCACCGAAGAGGAGUACGGACCGUACCUUGGCCAGGACGGCUACUGCCGCAUCAAUAACGUCACCCUCGUGGCGCCCAUCAAGGGCUUUGUAAAUGUCACCUCCAACGAUCCGAAUGCGUUUAAGCUGGCCCUCCUCAAGCACGGACCCCUCUCGGUGGCCAUUGAUGCCUCACCAAAAACUUUCAGCUUCUAUUCGCACGGCGUCUACUACGAGCCUGAGUGCAAGAACGAUGUGGAUGGCCUGGACCAUGCCGUUCUGGCCGUGGGCUUUGGCACCAUCAAGGGCGAGGACUACUGGCUGGUAAAGAACUCCUGGUCCACCUAUUGGGGCAACGAUGGCUACAUCCUGAUGUCAGCCCGCAAGAACAACUGCGGCGUAAUGACCAUGCCCACCUAUGUGGAAAUGUAGAAUGGUCCUCGGUCCAAUUAUGUUUUUUAUUUUUCUUUACACUUUUUUAUUUUCUCGCCCCGCGGGCUCUAAAUAUGAAAUAAAGUUUCUGAGCUGAUACUAUAUGCUCUUUUGUAA